AUGACCGAAACAUAUAUUGGAAACAACGCUGUUUUAAAAUAUUUUGAAACUCACGAUAGAAAAACAUGGAAUUAUGAACAUUUUUUAAAUGAAUUAAAAGAAAUAAUCAUCAAUUCACCACCAUAUACUGAAGACUGGAGCGGUUUAGAUGGGCGCUUCUGGGUUGUAGUUAUAUCCUAUGAUAUAGUACGAUCCAGAGGUUUUACUGAAGUUUUCGGUGCCCAAGAUAAAGAUAAUAAACAUCGGAAAAUGAAAUCAUUUUUUCAAGAUAUUAUCCUUGAACGUGAAAAGAGAAAUGCGGGGAAAAAUUAUGUAAUAGAAGGCGUCAAAAUUCUUAAUGAAGCAAGGUUCUCCAGUUCCGUUGAAGUUAUUUCCACUAUAAAUAAACAGCAUCUCCAAAUCGAAAAAGUAAAUAAUGAACCACCACGAAAUCCCGAACACCAAAUAUAUCAAUCCCAACAAAUCAACGUCAAACGAGAACUGGAAGAAAAGUAG